CUUACGUCACCAAACUGCGACAUCAGCGCAUAACAAGCGCCACAUUUUUUUUUUGUUGCGCCUAAUAAUUCCGAUAUAUUCGGCUCAACUCAGAGUCAAGUUUGAGAUAAGAGAUUAACGUAUUCAGGGUAUAGAGCAGGAAUUACUGUAAUGCACCAUGAGUUUAUUUGGCACAAACUCUGGAUUUGGAACAACGGGAACUGGUGUUUUUGGAACCUCAACGGCUGACACUCAUAAUCCUAUGAAGGAUGUUGAAGUGACCUCCCCACCCGAUGACAGCAUCAGCUGUCUGGCUUUCAGCCCCCCCACCAUGCCUGGGAAUUUUCUCAUUGGAGGAUCCUGGGCUAAUGACGUCCGGUGCUGGGAGGUACAGGACAAUGGACAAACUGUCCCCAAAGCUCAACAGAUGCACACGGGUCCUGUGCUUGAUACAUGUUGGAGUGAUGAUGGGAGUAAAGUGUUCACUGCUUCCUGUGACAAGACAGCCAAGAUGUGGGAUCUCAACAGCAAUCAAGCAAUGCAGAUUGCACAGCAUGAUGGCCCUAUCAAGUCGAUUCACUGGAUAAAAGCACCUAACUAUAGCUGUGUCAUGACUGGCAGCUGGGACAAAACACUGAAGUUUUGGGACACCCGCUCUCCCAAUCCUAUGAUGUCUCUGCAGAUGCCAGAAAGAUGUUACUGUGCAGAUGUAGUGUACCCGAUGGCGGUGGUGGCCACAGCUGAGCGUGGCCUGAUUGUUUACCAGUUGGAGAACCAGCCGUCCGAAUUUCGCAGACUUGAAUCUCCUCUUAAGCAUCAGCACCGCUGUGUGGCCAUAUUCAAGGACAAGCAGAACAAGCCAACUGGCUUUGCACUGGGAAGCAUUGAGGGACGUGUUGCUAUCCACUAUAUAAACCCUCCAAACCCAGCCAAAGACAACUUCACCUUCAAGUGCCACAGGUCUAAUGGAACCAACACAGCCACCCCACAGGACAUCUAUGCUGUCAACGCCAUCUCCUUCCAUCCUGUUCACGGAACUUUGGCGACUGUUGGCUCAGAUGGUCGCUUCAGUUUUUGGGACAAAGACGCCCGCACCAAGUUGAAGACGUCCGAGCAGCUCGACCAGCCCAUUACAGCCUGCUGCUUUAACCACAAUGGCAACAUUUUUGCAUAUGCUUCUAGCUAUGACUGGUCAAAGGGUCACGAGUACUACAGCCCCCAGAAGAAGAACUACAUUUUUUUGAGGAAUGCUGCGGAGGAGCUGAAGCCUCGGAACAAGAAAUGAUUCUUCUUGCCAGGUUGCAUCUGGUGUGGGGAAACGCAGACAACCAGAUGGUUUAGGGAGCGUAUACGCUCAAGAAAGACUCCUACCUUUCACCAAACACCUGUAUCAGCUGCUGUGAUGCUGCUUCCUGUCCAUGGACCAAUCAGAGGCCUACACAACCCAGUGCUGGUGACAACUGCUUGGAAAACUUGUCAUAUAAGUUUGCAUACAUACGGAGGGUUUGUAAUUCAUCUGGGUAUGUUUUUCUUACAUGUCCUAUUGUUUGUUUUUUUUUACACCUCUCCAAAGACUGUCCAUUAUUAAUUUGUUGUUACUCUGUGGUUUAUCUCUGA